AUGACAUCAUUAACGAAUCGUCGAUCGGAUUGUUUAAAAUCAUUAACUAGUGAAGAAUUAAUGGUCUAUAAUUUUCGUGCUUAUGUAUCACCUUUGCUAGCAUUCAUUGGUAUACCAGCAAAUAUUUUUGUAAUUAUUAUUUUCAAUCUAUUACAACGUCAACAAUCAUGUCGUUUUAAUUUAUAUGCAAUAUGGAUGGCAUUAGCACAUUUAGUACAAUUAAUUGUCAACACAUUGAUUGAUGAUUUUUUAGGUCGUGGUUUAAAAUGGGCUACAGAUUGUUAUAUAUGGUAUCAAGUGGAUGCAUAUUCAUCAUUUACAUGUAAACUGUUAACAUAUCUGUCAGAUGUUUCCGCUUUAAUAGCAUCAUGUAUCCUUAUGUUAUUUAGCAUAGAUCGUGUAUGUUCAGUAUAUUGUUCUAAACCAAUUGAACAAAUUUUACAUUUACGUAUUGCUAAAUUAUCAAUAUUCAUUAUUUAUGUAAUUUGUUUUCUAUUAAAUAUCCCGCAUUUAAUUUAUGCUGAUUUAAAAGAUGAUCCAAAAGAAACUGUCAAUUGUCAAUAUGUUGAUCCAGUAGCAACUGGUGUAAAAUAUGUACUUUAUUUAUAUAUUAUUGGUGUAACAAUAUUACCAGCUAUAUUAAUAUUUAUAAUGAAUAUUUUGAUCUCAUGUAAAUUGAAAUCUACCAUACAACAAUCAAAAUUGCAUGGUUAUCAUGAUAAACAAUCUUAUAGUGAAUUAAGUAAAGUGAUUACUCAUUUAGCUAUAAGUAUUAUGUUCACAUGUUUAUCGAUUCCAUUAGUGACAUUAAUGAUAUUACGACAAAAAGUACAUUUUAAUAAUUAUGAAUUAAUUUAUCCAAUGUAUGCAUAUAAAAUUAUACAAUUAUCAAAAUUAUUUAGUUCAGUGGAUUCUUUCAAUCAUACAUUUGAUUUUUUUCUUUAUUGGGCAUUUUUGCCAGUAUUUCGACAAACAUUACAUGAUAUCAUUAUAAAUAUCUAUUCAUUUAUGCUGUGUAUUAAUCAUUAUAAAAGAAGAAAGAGUACUAUUGGUAAUCAUAGUAAUAAUAAUAGUAAUAAUAUUAUUAUUGGUAAAAAUAUGACAAGAAAUAAUAAUACUCAUAGGAUACUUGAUAGUAAUAGUAAUAGUAAUCAUCAGCAUCAUCAUCAUAAACUCAUCAAUAAUCAAAUGAACAGUAUUCAUAAUAAUAAUAAUAAUACUGAUAACAGUAAUCAUUGUAAGACUAAUGCAUAUGACUAUGAUUUAUCUAAUUUAGCAUGUUAUACAGAUUUUCCUAUAGGAUAUUGUAAAGGUCGUUGUUCUCCACAUCAUCUUUACUAUUAUCAACAUUAUCGUAAUCAUCGUGAUCGUCCGCAUCAUCAUCAUCAACAGCAGCAUCCUCAUCAGCAUCAUCAUCGACAUCGUUAUUACCAGUACUAUGAACCGCAUCGUCAAUAUUAUCGACGAUAUCCACAUAAACUUUAUCAACUGGAAUAUAGUAAACAAUUAAGUUUUCAUUGUAUGGAAGAACUACGUAGUAAACAAUGUCAAGAUGAACAACAACAAAAUCAAAGUAGACCUUCUAGAUAAAAUCAUCUCUAUUCCUCAUUUGUAUUUAUUACAAAGAGAGAUUUUUUUUCCUACCGAUCUGAGAUUCUAUUUUAUAGAUUAUAUAUAUAUGUAAG